AUGAUGAGUGGUAAUUUAUUUCAAUUUGAUGAAUAUCAACAACAAGAGCAACAGCAUCAGCAACAAUCCAUGCAUAUCGAUACAACGGCUGUAGGCGAUAUUAAAGAUUAUUUAACAUGUGAUUUGAAAUUAUCUGACACAGCUUUUAGUGAUUUUUUUUCUGAAUUCGAUAUAAAUCCAAAUGAUUUCACAUAUUUUGAUUCUCCAGCAAAUGCGAAUACACCUUUUCUUCAACAAGCUCCCAUUGAAUUACAACCACCACCCUAUGAAGCAACAAUACUUCCAAUUCAAACAAAUCAAAUGACACAUAAUACAAAUGUUCAACCACCUAUAGAUGAUUAUAUUUCUUCAAAUACAUUAAAAUCUUUAAUUGAACAACAUCAAGCACAACAAACAAUUGUUAAAUAUUCAUCAUCUCCUCCACCACCUGCAAUUCCAACAAAUUAUAUUGAACCAUCUGCAAUGGUAUCUAUGAAUAUGCCAGAAUAUCAAUCAAAUAAAAAUUCUCCCGGAAGAAAAUCAACAUCAUCAAAACGCUCUCGACCACCACCACCUGUUCAUCUUCCUAAAUUAAUUAAAAAACCUGAACCAAUACCAGUUACAUUAGAUCAAUUCCAAGCUUUAAUCUGUUCUGCACCCGAUACAUCAUCAACAAAUGUUGGAUCAUUUUCAAGUCUUUUAGAAAAUAGUACUAUUAUUGGAAAUAAUAUUCCUUUGAAAAUUAUCAAUCAAUCAAAUUAUACGAAUAAUAACAAUAAUAAUAAUAGUUCCGAUGAAGGUAGCAGACAUGAUUCACCAUCAAACAAUAUGUCAUCAUCAAGUAUGAAUUUUGGAAAUGGUAGUGGCGGUCGUGUUCGACGAAAAUCAUCACAUAAUGCUAUUGAAAAGAGAUAUCGAUCAAGUAUCAACGAAAGAAUACUUGAAUUAAAAGAAAUUGUUGCAGAUACUGACGAAAAGGUACAAAAAUCUGGUGUACUUCGACGAACAGUUGAAUAUAUUCGACAACUUCAAGCAGUUAAUCGACGAUUAGAAGAAGAAAAUACUACUUUGAAAACCAUAUUCAAACGUUUAAAUUUAACGAAUGUUGAUGUUUCACAUAAUAAUGAAUCACCAUCAACAGAUAGAAAUUCUUCAGUUAAAAAUCCUACAACACCACCAUCAUCACACAGCGAAUCAAGUGAAUCAACACUUGGUUCAAGUGAUGAAGCAUAUAGUCCUGUUCCAAAACGACAAAAACGUACAACUAGUAAACAAGGUAUGGUUAAUGGAUCUCGAUUAGUUUUAUGUUGUUUUAUGUUAUGCGUUCUUAUAACAAAUCCAUUUAAUUAUUUACUUAAUCUUAUACAUUCAUCGGAAUCAAAUGAUAUGGGCGAUAUGCAAUCAAUCGUUGGUUCAAGAACAUUACAAUCGGCAACUAAUAAUGAAAAUAUUAAUUCAUCAACAUUUCUAAGUACAUCAUGGCGACAAUUAGUUGCUUGGACACUCAAUUUAGGAAUAUGUCUUGUUUGUUUGGUUAAAUUAUUUGUUUACGGGGAACCGAUUGUACCCGAAUCGGAAAUGCAUGAAUAUUAUGUUUAUAAGAAAAAAGCGGAUCAACUUAUGGCUGAGAAUCAAUUAAAUGAAGCACGUAUAUAUUAUCGUCAAUGCUGCGAAAAACUUUAUGUAACUAUUGAUAAUAGUCUUCUCUAUUAUCUAUCAUCAAUAACAUGGCAAAUGACACGUUUAUGUGUAAAUUUAAUAUUUCUUGGUCGUUGGUUAAUAUUUUGGUCUGGUUGGACAAAAUCGAUUGAUACACGUGAUUAUAAUCGUGAAUUAAAUGAUUGUCUUUUACAAUUAUGGAAAAUUGAAUAUCAUAAUUCAUCAUCAUCAUUAUCACUUUUUAAUUUAUUUCUUUCAACAAUCAAUACAUCGAUGAAUGCUGGAAAAAAAUUUGAUAUUAAAAAACAUAAUGAAAUUUAUCUUCUAUCAGCAUUAACAUUAAAAAAAUUAGGUGGAAUAUUUUCAAUAUUUAUUCCAUAUAUAUUAAAAUGUCUUUUAUUAAUUGAUAUGAAUGAUAUUUGGUUAGCCGAUAUUGAUCGUUUAAAUCAAUUUAUAUUUGAUAAAAAAUAUAUUGAAUUUAAACAAACAAAUUUUAUUGAAUCAAUACGUUGUCAAUAUUUAGAAUAUAUACUUUAUGAUAAUAUUCAUAAUCAACUUUUAUUACAACAAGAUGAUAAUCAAUCUCAACAACAACAACAACAACAACAACAACAAAUAAUAAUUAAAAAUGAAUAUGAUUUAGAUCGUUUUUCAUGGUGGCAACAUAGUUUACAAGUUUUACGUUGUAUAUCAAAUGAUAAACAAUUAAUUGAUAAUAUAACAUCAAGUGAUUUACUUCGACAAAGUGAAGAAUCAAAUCAAACAAUUUAUCAUAUGGCACGAUCAAUGAAUCUUGUUGAUGAAAGAUUUAUUUUAAUUAUUGAAACAAUUCAUAGUAUACUUCUUGUAUUAAAUGAUGAUGAUGAACAAACAAAUUCAACUAGAUUAUCCUUAUUAGAACAAUUAGGACAAACAAGUCGGUUAAUAACAUCAAUGAUUGAAGAUUGUAUCAAUGUGAAUAAUAAUACUAAUAAUAAUGAAGACAAUGUUGAUUUAGCAAUUAAUACUUUAAUACUCGAUGGUAUACUUUCAUUACGUCUUCGACUUCUUACAAGUAUAAUGACAAUUAAUGAUAAAAAACUUCCAUAUCUUAAUGAUUUUCAACAAGAACUCGACAACUAUAAACAACUUAAUCGAAUGAUGAAAUUACCUAAACAACGAGUUUAUUUAUUUGAGUCAAUAUUUCGUAUAUCAUCCGGUUUAAAUCCAUUAGCUACUCAUACAUUAUUUGAACGUGCACUUAAACAACAACAACAAAAUUCAACUAUUCAAAUUAAAGAAGAAUUGCCUAAUCUCGAUAUAAUUGCAGCACUUUUAUUAUUCUGUCAUUUUCUACCAUCAACAACUUAUCAUUAUCGAAAUCUUCUUCAACAAGCUGCUAAUAUAUCCAUAACAAAUAAAAAUAAUGAUCUUAACCGUUUACGACAACAAUGUUUAGCAUUAAUUCGUCAGCCAUAUUUUACUCUUUAA